AUGGAAUUCUGCCCGAGUUGUGCAAAUAUGCUGCAGUAUGAGCUGCCGAACAUGCACGACGCAAGAUUCUUCUGUCCAACUUGUCCCUAUGUGGCAUACGUCGAUAGGAAGGUUAAGAUCAAGAGAAGGCAACAUCUAGUUAAAAAAGAGAUCCAACCCAUCUUUACUCUGGAUGACUAUAAGAAUGCGCCCAAAAUUGAAGAACCAUGCCCAAGAUGUGGAUUUCCUGAGGCAGCUUACAGGACACAGCAAACGCGAUCUGCUGAUGAAGCAGAAACAAGAUUUUUCAGGUGUAUGAACAACAACUGUGGACACACGUGGGUUGAUUACUCUUAG